AGAAAGUCUUCCUGGCUCUGUCAUGUUGUGCUCCUAGGCCCAGGGCCCACACUGAGAAGGAACGGAGUGCAAACGAUAGAGCCCAGGGAGCAUGGCAGCCUGAGUUAGCCUUUGGGUCCGAGUUGGCCUUGGUGUGCUUUGGUGUACAGUGGGUGUGACGCUCCCCGAAGGGCCCAAGCCCUGGGCCUAAAUCUUGGGUCAGAGACUGUGGUGGCCCUCAUUUAUGCUUGUCUUCCCUCCCCACCACCCAGACGAAACCCUCCGCUCUUUGGCCAGCCCUUCCUCUCUGCAGGGCCCCGAGCUCCACGGCUGGCGUCCCCCAGUGGACUGUGUCCGGGCCAAUGAGCUGUGCGCGGCCGAAUCCAACUGCAGCUCCCGCUACCGCACGUUGCGGCAGUGCCUGGCGGGCCGGGACCGCAACACCAUGCUGGCUAACAAGGAGUGCCAGGCAGCCCUGGAGGUCUUGCAGGAAAGUCCGCUGUACGACUGCCGCUGCAAGCGGGGCAUGAAGAAGGAGCUGCAGUGUCUGCAGAUCUACUGGAGCAUCCACCUGGGGCUGACGGAGGGUGAGGAGUUCUAUGAAGCCUCACCCUACGAGCCGGUGACCUCCCGCCUCUCAGACAUCUUCAGGCUUGCUUCAAUCUUCUCAGGGACGGGGGCAGACCCCGUGGUCAGCACCAAGAGCAACCACUGCCUGGAUGCCGCCAAGGCCUGCAACCUGAAUGACAACUGUAAGAAGCUGCGCUCCUCCUACAUCUCCAUCUGCAACCGUGAGACCGUGUCCAUGGAGCGCUGCAACCGCCGCAAGUGCCACAAGGCCCUGCGUCAGUUCUUUGACCGGGUGCCCAGCGAGUACACCUACCGCAUGCUCUUCUGCUCCUGCCAGGACCAGGCGUGCGCCGAACGCCGCAGGCAAACCAUCCUGCCCAGCUGCUCCUACGAGGACAAGGAGAAGCCCAACUGCCUGGACUUGCGAGGCCUCUGCCGGAUGGACCACCUGUGCCGGUCCCGGCUGGCCGAUUUUCAUGCCAACUGUCGAGCCUCCUACCGGACCCUCACCAGCUGCCCUGCAGACAAUUACCAGGCGUGUUUAGGUUCCUAUGCUGGCAUGAUUGGGUUUGAUAUGACUCCCAACUAUGUGGACUCCAGUCCCACCAGCAUCGUGGUAUCCCCCUGGUGCAGUUGUCGUGGCAGCGGGAACAUGGAGGAGGAAUGUGAGAAGUUCCUCAGAGACUUCACGGAGAACCCGUGCCUCCGGAAUGCCAUCCAGGCCUUUGGCAAUGGCACAGAUGUGAACAUGUCUCCCAAGAACCCCUCAUUCCAGGCUACCCAGGUCCCUCGGGUGGAGAAGACUCCUUCUUUGCCAGAUGACCUCAGUGAUAGCACCAGCUUGGGGACCAGUGUCAUCACCACUUGCACCUCUGUCCAGGAGCAAGGGCUGAAAGCCAACAACUCCAAAGAGUUAAGCCUGUGCUUCACAGAGCUCACGACAAAUAUCAUGCCAGGGAGCAAAAAGGUGGUCAAACCUAACUCAGGCCCCAGCAGAGCCAGACUGUCAGCUGCCUUGACCGUGCUCCCCGUCUUGAUGCUGACGUUGGCCUUGUAGGCCGUGGGAACCAUGACACAAGAUUUCUACAAGCUCCACAGACGAGAACUCCCGCCUGACAAAAUGGAAACACUCCCACAUCCUCACACACACACCUUGCAAAGAAAAUC